AUGUUGUCCUUGAGGCGACUCUGCUUCAAUCGGGAUCUAAACCCGCUGAUUCGAGCCAGUUCUUGGAACGCCUUUCACACUCAAUCCAAAGAUUCCACCAAAGCCUUGACGGUUUGGGAAGACUUGGGAGCACUGAAGCGGUCUCCAAUGCCUGCUCUAACUCUCGGUUUAUCAGGUUUAAUUCCUUUUGUGGGUGUCCCUAUGGCCAUGGCUCAACAAGGUGUGUUUAUGCCCGGGCUUGCUACCGCCCAAAUGGCGUAUGGAGCUACGAUUCUAUCCUUCUUGGGUGGUGUACGUUGGGGGAUUUUGGUCGUCCCUCAAGGAGAGAUCACUCCUACUUGGAUGCAAUAUAUUUGGGCUGUGACCCCGUCUUUAAUUGCUUGGCCCGCUCUUUUGAUGCCUCCUGUGGCUGGCUGUCUCACUUGCAUCGGAGGAUUGGGACUGACCGGUUAUUUGGACGUGAUCCAGUAUGGUUAUCCCCAAUGGUUUAAAGGGUUGCGAUUUGUUCUCACCACAGUGGCUAUUUUAUCCUUGUGGUCGACUCUAAUGUGUGAACUCCUUCUGAGCAAAGGAGAGGAAGAGAAGAAAUAAAAAGAUGCAAAGAGGGCU